CGAGUGAAAGUGUUCGCGUGUUUUGAACUGUACAGAUAUUUGAACGGAGGGAUAUAACAGGAAAUUAGUGAGAAAUGGCGACGGACGAACUUGCUAAGAAAUUAGAGCGAAGAGUGAAUAUUAAUGAAGCAGGGGAGGACGGUGCAGCACCUGUUUUACCAUCCACACAAGUAUGGAAUCCUUACACAGAAUUCAAGGAGUUUUCACGCAAAGAAAUUCAAGGCUUUCAGAAAACUUUCAACAAAUAUGAUACAGGUAGAGACAAGUUUAUCGACUUUGAGGAGUUAAAAGUAAUGAUGGAGAAAUUGGGAGAAGCACAAACACACCUUGGGCUGAAGGCUAUGAUCAAGGAAGUGGAUGAGGACAAUGACGGAAAAAUUAGUUUCAGGGAGUUCUUGUUGAUAUUUCGGAAGGCUAGAGCAGGAGAGCUUGAGGAGGGAAGUGGCCUGUUUAACCUCUAUCAGAACUUAGAUGAAGUGGAUGUGGACAAGGAGGGCGUAAAGGGCGCUAAAAACUUCUUUGAGGCUAAGAUUGAAAAACAAACUCAGGACAAAAAGUUUGAAGAUGAGAUCAAGAAUGAACAAGAGGAAAAGAAAAGAAUGCAAGAGGAAGCCAUGGAGAGGAAAAAAGCAUUUAAGGAAAAGGCCACCUUUUUUACACAGGCAGCAACUAAUAACUGACCAACCAACUAGAUAUGUCCUGGCUACAAACACUUGUCUGGAUGUGACCUUCUCGUCACCAUUUAUUUGCCACUCGCAUUAUAAAUUUAAGUGAGAGAUCACUGGUUUUGAAAACCAAUAAGGCUUUAAGAAGGAUACAGAUUCUCUUUGCAGUGUGUCAGAUUUGAAAUCAUUAGUGGUAUACUAUCAAAACCAUCAUUGAGCCCGUAUCUGGUAAUAAAACCACAGAUAUCUAUUACAGUUUUAUUAUAAAUAAAGACAAAUUCUAAAUCAUUACAAUGUAGUGCUUCCAUCACCCUAUAAUACAUUAAAUGUUACAUGAUAAUGCCCUGGGCUUAUUUUAGGAUAGCAAUGGUAACAGACGAAAGUUUCACAGGUCUUUCUUAACUUCAGGAAUUUUCUUCAUCUUAAAAACGCCCAUAGGAAAGGUUUACAUUAGUCAAGGAAAUUUCCAGAAAUUGAAGUUUUUCCUUCACCAACAUAAUGCUUUCCUGUAGUAGUUAAGAUUUCCUUAAUUUAAGGAAGGUUAGUGAAACUUGGGUCAGGGGGUCAGAUCCGGUGUGUCUUGUAGCCUGGAUUACUUUAUAUAUAAAUAUAGAAUUUGUAUAAAAUUUUACCUUAUUAAUCCAGCAAUAUGUCCAUGUCUGGUAAUAACCCCACCAACAUCUAUCUCAUUUCAGUAUAAAUUUAUGCAAAUCCAUGGUCUUAUAAUAAACCCAUUCCCUGACUCAGUCAGAUGACAGAUUUUGUCUCAUGGGUUUGUUACUAAAUGAAUAGGACACUACAGGAAGUCAGACCUCUGAAUCCUGUGGAAACUCAUAAUGGUUUUAUCAUAGUAUCAAUUAGACAAAGACUUAAGGAUUAAAUUCUUUUUCAAUAAAGUAUGUAUGAUAUAUCUGAAAGCUUACGAGGGUAUGUAAAUACACUGACUCUUCAGUACUGAACUUAGAUCUGAUUGGUGUUUUACAUAUUUCCCCAUGUUUGAUAUAUAAACGUGUUUUACUGAUUUAAGUAAGAAUCAAUAUGGAGGGCUAGUGUUUUUAUACCUUUAGAUCUCUUACAAAAUGAUCUGUGUACAAAGAAUGAAUGUGUCUGACUGAAUUCAGCUCCUACCUUUCAUAUUAAGUGUUAUUAUUUACCCUUAUAUCAACUGGGGAAAGUAUAUUUGCCUGUUAUUGUAUAUAUGUUGUUAAUAUAUACACUUAACUUUAUAAAUGAAGUGUGAUGUUAAAUGAUAACAAAUAUGGAUGAAACACUUAGUUCACUUUUGAAUGAGAAAUAUAUCUGAGGAAUGAUUGGUCCUUAGAAUACAAUAGUUUUUGUUGUUGAUACAGUGCUAUGAAUGACCUUUAAUUAUACCGUUAAUCUACUGGUAUGCAGUAUUUGUUGGAUAUGAGUGACUAUGAAUCAUACUUUAAAACCAUGCAGUAACUGUCUGAUAUGAGUGACCUUGAAUUAACCUUAAAACUGCUAAGUCUCAGAUAUCAGUCACCUUAAAUCAUAAUUUAGUACCUACUAGAUAUUUGGGGCUUGAGAUCUGUGUUAGACAUCUGAACACCGCAAGAAAUAAAUGACUUUGAAAUCUGUGAUUUAAAUUUCACAAUAUUGUUAUUUCACUUGUAAGCCCACCUUUGUAGCCGUUGUUGUAAUAUUGUCCUCUCUGAUUCCUACACAUGUAAUUUGUAUGCUUGCAGCACUAAGCUACCCACUAGUAUACACUACCUAAUAAACCCUGAUGUAUAUUUAAUUGACUAGUUAAACUGUCAACAGAGCUUCCAUUAUUCCUGUUACUUUUAGUCUACAGGAUGUUAAAGAAUUGACAUUUUAAACAUUCCUUUUAAUCUAGAAUCUCUGAUCAGAUCGUGUUUACUUUUUUUUAUACUGGAGUAACAAAGCAUUUUUAGACAAACAAAUGGAUUUCAUUUUGAUUUUAUAUUUGAUUUGAUAUAUUUUGAAUUAUUUGUUUACACAUUAAAUUAGUGCCAUUAUUCAAUGGUUUCUAUUAAACCUAGUAAUCUCUGUUGUUUAACAACACUUUCAGUACUAUUCAAUACAUGAAACUCUCAAUUCUUAUUAGUUGUCUCCCCUUUACCAUAUUCAGAAUUUGUUUUCUUCUUGAAUAUUCAUACAAUUUGACCAAAUUGUAUUCAAACUUUCAGUUGCUAGUCUACAUGUUUUUUUCUUUUUGUUUUUUCUUUUUCUAAUUUGCUUGUGUUUUUGUUUGGCAUUAUUUUAUUUCUCUUACCGAAGCUGGACACUGUCUAUAGAUACAUGGGUUUUUUUCUCUAAUUGCUUGUUUGUGUAUUUUUUUGGCAUUAUUUUAUUUCUCUUGCCGAAGCUGAACACUGCCUAUAAAUAUGAUUUUUUUUUCUAAUUUGCUUGUGUUUUUGUUUGGCAUUAUUUUAUUUCUCUUACCGAAGCUGGACACUGUCUAUAGAUUUUUCCCUGUCUCUUUUUCAGUCAACCAAACUACCAAAUGAUGUAUUUAUAGCAGCCUUAUAUCUGAUCAACUGUGCAAUUUUUUAAAAAAAAUUCUAACAUACAUGUUAUCAACAUAUUUGAAGUCUUCAAGUUGAAGCAAUGUGAAAUUGAUUAUGAUGUUUCAAUGUUAAAAUUUAAAUUGUUGUUAUUUUUAUAUAUUUUAACCCCAAUGGAAUGAUAAAAAAUUACUGAAAAAGUAUAUAAGUUUUGAUUUUGACAAAUACUUAUUUUCAAAUUUGAGAGUAAAAAAUUGCAAACUUGGCAGUUCUAUGAUAGCAGUAAUGUAGUCAAACUGUAAUCUAACAUCUAUUAAUAAUAUUACUCUUUAACAGAAUAAGCAGUUCUUUAUUUCCCUUUUUUUUUACAUAAUAUAUUGAUCCUACACUGUAGCCUCAUUCUGUGAGUUAGAACAUUCUUGUUUUUAGCAAAAUACAUUUGAAAUCAUUUAUUCAGAGUAUUACUUUUUUAUCACGUAUUCUAGAGCUUCAUUUUGUAAUCUUUUUAUCUUCAGUUUUGUUUUGUAUUUUUUUUUUUUUUUUUGUCUUGAGCUUCAUUUUGUACUCUUAUAUUCUAGGGCUUGCUUUUGUACUCUUAUAUUCUAGGGCUUGAUUUUGUACUCUUAUAUUCUAGGGCUUGAUUUUGUGCUCUUAUAUUCUAGGGCUUGAUUUUGUACUCUUAUAUUCUAGGGCUUCAUUUUGUACUCUUAUAUUCUAGGGCUUGAUUUUGUACUCUUAUAUUCUAGGGCUUCAUUUUGUGAUCUCGUAUUCUGAAUUUUGGUUGAAGGAUUUUGUUCUCCAGGGGUUGGCUUUGUGGGUGUUUAUGCAACUUACACAGAAAGCAUGUGGAUGACUUACUGUUCAAAUGAAUAUGUACAUUUGCCCUAUAUACAUUGAUGUGUAGUUUCUAAUUGAGAGGGAAUGAACUUGAGGUUUGUAUGUUAAUAAAUGUAUAGCUAUGUAGAUAUUGAAGUAUUCCUUAUAACACAUUUAUUGCAAAAUUAUUUGAAUUAAAAAUAUCAAAAACUAUAUACAAUAUAUAAAGAACAGUUUAUUCUAUCUGUGUAAUAUUUUCCUUACUUCUAAUAAUCACCUGAGUUAUUUCAGUCAUUCAGUUUUGUAGAUGGCAUAAAUCAAAAUCAAUUAUAAGUCUCUAUUAGUUUGUAGCAAUUAGGCCAUAUUUGGUAAUGAGUCAACUUAAAAAACAGUACAUUUUUUUUUGUCAAUUUCUAUUUUCCACUCAUGAUAUUUUGCAAAAACAAUGUGGUUGAAUUAGAAAUGCUAGUUUUGGCACCAAAUUGCAUAAUAUGAAUGUUGCAAAAUAAAUUUGUAAUAUGUUCAAUGAAAUAUCAAAACAAUGUUAUUUCACUGUCAGUAAGCCUGCACCCUGACUGAAUAAAAAAAAGGGGGGAUUGGUGGCUUUUACAAGAAAAAUAGUGUAAUACAUGUUAAUUACCUUGAUAACUCACAUGCAGUUAUAGUGUCAGAUUCAAAAAAUCUUUAAGGCUGUUUUUACCAAAAUUCAUGUUUCUGACUUUUUACCAAUUGUCAAUUUACAUAAUAAGAUAUGAGAUGUUUAGAGAACAAAAAUACAUGAUUAUUAGAAUUAUUAAUUUGCUGCAGGAAGUCAUAUGUUACUUUUAUGUCACAACAGAGUUGACAUAUUCUACAGUUUUAAUAAAAUUAAUACAGUGUUGAAUUUAACAUUGACUAAGUAUUGAUGUUAUACAUUCAUUCCAACUGUAAUUAAGAUACCAUAUCAUACAUGUACAUGAAUAUAUGGUGUUUUGAAGAUGUACAUCAAAGUUAUCUUUAAAACAGAAAUCUUAAUGAAAUUUAAAAGUCAAACAUUGAAUUAUACUGUUGAAAAUAAAAUUGGAAGAAAAGUUUCAUGCAAUUUUACAAUAUACCAUUACAUUUAAUCAUACAACUAAAUAGAAAUUAAAAGAAAAAUCUUGCCAUCUGACUUUAUUGAUAUUUUGUUAACUUUAAGAUAUGCCUGCCACACAUGCCAAAGGUGUAAAACUGCAUGGUGCCAGGUAUAAAUGGAAACUUGAAACUUGAAAACUUGUAGAUCAUGAGCGCUUUGGAACCAAGCUGUAUUACUGUGUCGUAUCAUUCUGUGUAGUCAGUACUAAAUAAGUAUAUAAUCAGAGGUGAUGGUGUGUAAUGUAGACAUGGACAUGACUGAUGUUACUGUCAGUAAUAAUCUUUAACAUCCAUUUAUUGAAAUUCUUCGGCUUACUCCAGAAUUAUUAAGGUUUUAUACAACAAAAUACUUCUGACAGGUGCCAUGUCACAAUCAAAUUCACUAGAUCUUAUAAUCAAUUUACAGUUCAACAGCCUGUUAUGUUAUAGGUGUAACGUUGGAGAUAAAAUUCCUUGUCGAAUACAUGACGUCAUGUAUACACUGUACCAUGUAGGUAUUGUAUUUAGACCUGUGUGUGUCAAGUAUACUUUGGUUUUCAUGCUGUUUUAUGGUGUACUGUAUAUAACAAUGUAUUACAAUUAUGAUUUACAUUGAAAUUAUGUGGUGCAGUUUGUAUGCCUACUGUUUUGAUAUUGACAGUUAUUUAAUGACUAUUAUUAAUAAAAAAAAUC